GCUGCUGCCCAGUCCUGGACCCGGAGGCAGAGCACAGCAUGGACGUCAUCCUGGUGGGAUCCAGCGAGCUGUCAUCCCCACGGCCAGCCAAGCCCCGCAGAGAUCUUAUUGCACAUGAAGUCAAGGUUAACCAGCGAGACAUUGAAGACCUGUGCAUCUGCUGCGGAAGUUUCCAGGUGCACACUCGGCACCCUCUGUUUGAGGGAGGGAUGUGCGCUCCGUGCAAGGACAAGUUCCUGGAGUGCCUCUUCCUGUACGACGACGAUGGGUACCAGUCCUACUGCUCCAUCUGCUGCGCUGGAGAGACGCUGCUCAUCUGUGAAAACCCAGACUGCACCCGAUGCUACUGUUUCGAGUGUGUCGACACCCUGGUCAGCCCCGGGACCUCGGGGAGAGUUCACACCAUGAGUAACUGGGUCUGCUUCCUGUGCCUGCCCUUCCCCCGCAGCGGGCUGCUGCAGAGGAGGAGGAAGUGGCGGGCUGGGCUGAAGGCUUUCUACGACCGGGAGGCGGAGAGUCCCCUUGAGAUGUACAAAACUGUGCCUGUGUGGAAGAGAGAGCCCGUCCGCGUGCUGUCCCUUUUUGGGGAUAUCAAGAAAGCAGAGCUGAUGAGUUUGGGCUUCUUGGAAAACGGUUCUGAGGCGGGAACGCGGAGGCACUUGGACGAUGUCACCAACGUGGUGAGAAGGGAGGUGGAAGACUGGGGCCCCUUUGACCUGGUCUAUGGCUCUACACCCCCGCUCGGCCGUGCCUUCGACCGCCCCCCAGGGUGGUACCUGUUCCAGUUCCACCGCAUCCUGCAGUACGCGAGGCCCCGGCCGGGCAGCCAGCAGCCUUUCUUCUGGAUGUUUGUGGACAAUCUCGUGCUAUCUGAGGACGACCGGGCUGUGGCCACUCGAUUCCUGGAGGCAGAACAGAGAGCUUGCCCUGUGCCUGCUCCUGCCUUGCUGCUGAGCCGCAUCCCUGCUGCUGGCCAGGAACCGUGGAGACGUGCCCAGCACAGGGACCUCUCUGGUCGGUGCCCGAUGGUGCGUCCAGACCAACCCCGUGACCGUCCAGGACGCCCAUGGCAGGACCGUCCGGAAUGCCGUGCACGUGUGGAGCAACAUCCCGGCCGUGCGGAGGACACUUGUCCUCUCUCCUGUCUCUGCGCCCCCCACCCCCAGCCCUUGAGGAGCCAGCCUUCCCUUCCCCGAACCCCUCGAGGCUGACCUUGCCCUUGUAUUGAACCGACAUUGACUGCAUCUGCCUGGACAGUGGGUCACGUGUCCUCCUCCUGACAGUGAGUUUCUGGAAACGUCCUUUCACCACGUCCCAGGGCCAGCAUCCUCAGCUCACGCCAUGGCUCCUGCCAGUCCCCCACCCGGGACUGUGGCGGGGGAGGGGGGGCAGGCGGAGCAGGUUUCCAAACUGCUAUCUUUUCAGAAGCCUUGAGAGUCACCCGUCCUCUCUGUGGAAUCUCCCCCCACCCCCCUCCACCGCUUCUGGAGGGAGCAGUGGGCUGGGAGUUGGGCCCGGUGCUCCCCUUCAGGCUCAGGAGGGAGGAGGGAGGGGAGACCAAGAUCCCCGGAAGAAGGGACCACUUUGCUGAGAUGAUGGCAGUGCCUCUGGGCAGCUCUGGCCUCCCUUGGGCUGUGGAGGUGCCCGGAGAAGUGGGCAAGGGGCACAUCGGGAGGCCCACUGCUCGUUUCUUGCACCUCAGUAGUGGCCUUCGCCCCCAAAAUAAACCGAGAAAUGUCCCCCGACUCCAGCGAGGUGCCAGGCGCCACGUCUGGCAGCCUUGAAUCCUGAGGCUCAGGCAGCUGUGCUCACCUUGGGGACAGCUGGAUCCAGCAGGAGCCUCAGGCAACACGCUCAACCAGCCUUGCCCACAAGUCCUGCCCUCCUUCCUCUGCGGGUUUGCUCCGUGGUGGCCUCUGCACCCUGAGAGCAGGGCCACUGAGCUGGGCCAGUGGUCUGUCCUCAGGGUCUGUGCUCUGUGCCUGCCCGCACCCCUCCCCCCCGCCCGCCACGGACAGGCUCCUCCAUCGUCCCUACUGCCCAGGAUGUGCCUGUUAUUCCACUACUGGGCAAAAUCCCAGAAGAUGCAGGGGGUCUUCUCUGGGUGUUUAUCUCAGAGACUUGGGUAAUCCAGGGAGACUUCACCUGCCAGCUCCCCACGUGCCCACCCUGGCACCGUCCCUGGACCCUCCGGGAGCCCUGGGGAGGGUACCAAGCCCCUUCUCUCCUCCACAGCAGACAUUCGGCAGUGGUUUCCCAGGAGGAAUUAUCUUUGCUGGCUCAGGACAGGCAGCCCCCCACCCA